GCCGGAUUCACCCAGGCUGGGACGUUGCCCGGUGCCCCCGGGAUCCUGAGCAUAGGAGAAGGCGAUCCACUCGGAUCCCACGUCACGGCUCUCCGCGGACCCGGGGUUACUCUCCGACUGCCUCCAGGCGCCGGGGCCAGGGAUUGGAUCUUCCCCGCUGCCUCAGAGCAGGCCGCCCGGUGAGCUCCGGGACAGGUAUUUAUUCAAGAGAACGCAACCUAUGCCCACAUAGACCUUCAUACAUGAGUGCUCAAAGCAGUUUCAUUCAUAACAGCUCCAAAUGGGAAACAGCUCAAGUGUCCAUCAAGGCAUCCUGACCCCGUCCAUGACCUUGGGAGGCUGACCCACAAACCAGAGGACGCUGGCAGCGGGACAUGGGAGCCCGGCCCUCACGACGGCAGAAGACAGAAGCUCCGCACGUGGCUCUGGCCGAGCUGCCCCCUGAGCUGCUGGUGCAGGUUCUGAGCCACGUGCCUCCUCGCGCGUUAGUGACCCGCUGCCGGCCGGUGUGCCGCGCCUGGCGCGACCUGGUAGAUGGCCCAAGCGUAUGGCUGCUGCAACUGGCCCGUGACCGCAGCGCGGAGGGCAGAGCCCUCUACACCUUGGCCCAGCGCUGCCCCACCGAUGGCGAUCGCCACGAUGAGUUCCCACUCUGCGCUCUGGCUCGCUUCUGCCUGCGAGCGCCGCUCGGCCGCAACCUCAUCUACAACUCCUGCGGAGAACAGGGCUUCAGAGGUUGGGAAGUAGAGCACGGCGGGAACGGCUGGGCGGUGGAAAAGAAUUUGACGCUGGUGCCAGGGGCUCCUUCCCAGACCUGCUUCGUGACUUCUUUUGAGUGGUGCUUCAAGAGGCAGCUUGUAGACCUGGUGAAGGAAGGAAUGUGGCAGGAGCUGCUGGAUAGUGCCCAGAUUGAAAUCUGCAUAGCUGACUGGUGGGGCGCCCGUGAGAACUGCGGCUGCGUUUACCGGCUUCGGGUCCGCCUACUGGAUGAAUAUGAAAAUGAAGUGGUCAAGUUCUCUGCCUCACCCAACCCAGUCCUUCAGUGGACCGAGAGGAGCUGGCGACAAGUCUCUCACGUGUUCUCUGACUUUGGCAAGGGCAUCCGGUAUGUGUCUUUUGAGCAGUAUGGAAGAGACACUCGUUCCUGGGUGGGACACUAUGGUGCCCUUGUGACCCACUCCAGUGUGCGGGUCAGGAUCCGUCUGUCCUAGCUUACCAGCCUGAUUGGGACUUCCAGGACACACUGCCUUCUCCUGGAUGGUGUGAAAACCGAAAGUGGCUUUGCAGUCCCCAGCUGAUGGGUAUCUGGGGAGAAGAGGUGCUCCGGUGUGGCCCUCCUGCUGUGACAAACCAGGGACUACCAGCUUGUUCAUAGCUUCUGUCUCUCAAGCAGGGACUACCAUCAUGUGACGCAGACAUCUCUAGGUUGCUAAGCCUGAGAACUACUUCAUGUAUGGAUCCCAGUGGGUAAAUUGUCAAAAAAUAGCAGGCCAAGCGGGACCUGAGAGCACACACUUCUAGUCCCAGCAUCUAGGUAAAUGCAGGAGGAUUGGGGGUUCAAAGUCGUCAUCAGUGGUAUAUGGACUUCAAGGCCAGCCUGAGCUACGUGAGACCUUGCCCCCCCAAGAAAAAAGAAACAAAGAAAAAAAAUCCAAUAGACCCAGCUCAGAAUUAUAACAAAAGGAGAAAAGAAGACAGUGGGACUCGAGUAGCCAACGGCCUGUGAGCAUCGUGCCUAAGUUUUAUUGUGACUACUGUGAUCCGUGUCUUACCCAUGAUUCCCCGUCUGUGAGGAAGACACACUGCAGUGCUCGGAAACACAAAGAGAAUGUGAAAGACUAUUACCAGAAAUGGAUGGAAGAGCAGGCCCAGAGCCUGACUGACAAAACACGGCUGCAUUUCAAUAAGGAAAGAUCCCUAUGGCUCUGUUCUCUGCUCCUCUGCCUGCAGGGGCCAUGAUCCCACCUCCCCCAAGUCUCCCGGGUCCUCCUCGGCCUGGCAUGAGGCCGGCACCCGACAUGGGAGGCCCUCCCAUGAUGCCAGUGAUGGGCCCCCUCCUCCUGGGAUGAUGCCUGUGGGACCAGCUCCUGGAAUGAGACCACCCAUGGGAGACCACAUGCCCAUGAUGCCCAGGCCUCCAGUGAUGAGACUCCCCGCCCGCCCUAUGAUGGUGCCCACGCGGCCCGGCAUGACCCUGCCAGAUAAGAGCAGAAGCGCUCGUUACCGGUUUGUAUUUCUUGUUCUGUUUCACCAGGAGAUCUUGGUACUGAGCCUGAGUGUUUACUAGAUGCAUAGCAAGGAACUUCCUUCCUAACAGAGAGAACACUUGGAGGGAGAAGUGAUACAAAAGGGGGCAGUUUUCACUUAUAUUGUGAAGCGUGAAAAUAAAAUGGUCAGCUGUUUUAGUUAAAAAAAAGAAGAAGAAGACAGUGACUUUUAAAAAAAAUUUUGUGGGGCUGGAG